AAUGGAGAACGCUCAUGCCAAGACUUCUGAAGAAUUGUUUCAAUUUUUUGGCACUGGACCUGAUGGACUUUCUGAAAAUCAAGUGGAGGAGUUGAGGGAUAAAUAUGGAUAUAAUGAAAUGCCAGCAGAGGAGGGGAAAAAGCUCUGGGAGCUAAUUCUUGAACAAUUUGAUGAUCUCCUUGUUAAAAUUCUUUUACUCGCCGCAAUAAUUUCAUUUGUCCUCGCUUUAUUUGAAGAACAUGAUGACCAAACUAGUGCUGUUACUGCUUUUGUGGAACCUUUUGUUAUUCUUCUCAUUUUGAUUGCAAAUGCAACUGUUGGGGUUUGGCAGGAAAGGAAUGCUGAAAGUGCAAUUGAAGCACUUAAAGAAUACGAACCCGAAAUGGCUAAAGUAAUUCGUUCUGGAAAGCAUGGAAUUCAAAUGAUUCGAGCUAAAGAACUUGUUCCUGGGGAUGUUGUUGAAGUUUCAGUUGGUGACAAAAUCCCAGCAGACCUUCGCCUCGUCAAAAUUUAUUCUACAACAAUCAGAAUUGACCAAUCUAUUCUUACUGGAGAAUCUGUUUCUGUUAUUAAAAAUUUGGACACUGUACCUGACCCGAGAGCUGUAAAUCAGGACAAGAAAAAUUGCCUGUUUUCGGGUACAAACGUUGCUUCUGGUAAAGCUCGUGGAAUUGUUUUUGGAACUGGUUUGAAUACAGAAAUUGGCAAAAUUAGGACAGAAAUAACUGAGACGGAAUCUGAUAAGACUCCUUUACAGCAAAAGUUGGAUGAAUUUGGGGAACAACUUUCUAAGGUCAUUUCAAUAAUUUGUAUUGCUGUCUGGGCUAUCAAUAUUGGACAUUUCAAUGACCCGGCACAUGGUGGUUCUUGGUUAAAAGGAGCAAUUUAUUACUUCAAAAUUGCCGUUGCACUCGCCGUUGCGGCUAUCCCUGAAGGCCUCCCAGCAGUAAUUACAACCUGUCUAGCUUUAGGAACUCGUAGAAUGGCUAAAAAGAACGCAAUUGUUCGUUCGCUUCCUUCAGUCGAAACUUUGGGUUGCACAUCGGUCAUUUGUUCUGAUAAAACUGGAACUUUGACAACAAAUCAAAUGUCGGUGUCGAAAAUGUUUAUUGUUGAGGGAGCGCGUGGAGAUCAAAUUAGCUUCAGUGAAUAUUCUAUAACUGGAUCUACUUACGAGCCUCAAGGUCAAAUUCUCCAUAGUGGCAUUCAAAUUAAUUGUGCCUCUGAUGAUCACAAAGCUUUAACUGAAUUGGCAACAAUUUGCUCAAUGUGUAAUGAUUCUUCAGUUGAUUAUAACGAGACUAAACAUGCUUAUGAAAAAGUUGGAGAAGCAACCGAAACAGCUUUAGUUGUUCUUGUUGAAAAAAUGAAUGUUUAUGAUACGCCGAAAGGUGGUCUUUCACCUCGUGACAUUGGAAAUGUUUGCAAUCGAGUAAUUCAACAAAAAUGGCAAAAAGAAUUUACUUUGGAAUUUUCUCGUGACAGAAAAUCAAUGUCUGUCUUUUGUGUUCCGACAGUUUCUAAUUCUGGUGCUCGGAUGUUUGUUAAGGGUGCUCCCGAAGGCGUUCUUUCCCGUUGUACUCAUGUUAGAAUUGGUGACCAAAAAGUUCCACUUACCCCUGCAAUGACUCAGAAAAUUGUCCAACAUUGUGUUAAAUAUGGAACUGGUCAAGAUACUUUGCGUUGUUUGGCCCUUGGAACAGUUGAUGAACCGCCAACACCGAAUGCUAUGAACUUGGAAGACUCUACUAAAUUUGGUGAAUAUGAACGUAACAUAACUUUUGUUGGAGUUGUUGGUAUGUUAGACCCUCCACGUCAAGAAGUUGCUCUUUCAAUUCGUGAAUGUUUCCAUGCUGGGAUUCGUGUUAUUAUGAUAACUGGAGACAAUAAAAACACUGCAGAAGCUAUUGGACGAAGAAUUGGUCUUUUUGGAGAAAAUGAAGAUACAACUGGAUUGUCUUAUACUGGAAGAGAAUUUGAUGAUCUCUCGCCAGAACAGCAAAGUCAAGCAUGUAAAAGAGCCAAACUUUUUGCACGUGUAGAGCCAGCACAUAAAUCUAAGAUUGUUGAAUAUCUCCAAUCACAUGGUGAAAUAACGGCAAUGACUGGUGAUGGUGUUAACGAUGCGCCUGCAUUAAAAAAAGCAGAAAUUGGUAUUGCAAUGGGUUCCGGUACUGCUGUAGCUAAAAGUGCGGCUGAAAUGGUUUUGGCUGAUGAUAAUUUUGCUACAAUAGUAGCUGCUGUUGAGGAAGGCCGUGCAAUUUAUAACAACAUGAAACAAUUUAUUAGAUAUUUAAUUUCUUCAAAUAUUGGUGAAGUUGUUUCAAUCUUUUUGGUUGCUGCGCUUGGAAUUCCUGAGGCUUUAAUCCCAGUACAACUUCUUUGGGUCAACCUAGUAACUGAUGGUUUGCCAGCAACAGCAUUAGGUUUUAAUCCUCCCGAUUUGGAUAUUAUGGAUCGCCAGCCACGUUCAGCCUCUGAAUCAUUAAUUUCUAAAUGGCUUUUCUUCCGUUAUAUGGCUAUUGGAACCUAUGUUGGAUGUGCCACAGUUGCUGCAUCAAUGUGGUGGUUCUUAAUCUAUGAGGAUGGCCCUCAAGUAAGUUAUUAUCAAUUAACACAUUGGAUGCGUUGUGAUAUUGAACCUGAAAACUUUGAUGACCUUGACUGCUCUGUGUUUAUGGAUAAUCAUCCUAAUGCUAUGGCGCUUUCUGUCUUGGUGACAAUUGAAAUGUUGAAUGCUGUGAAUAGUCUCUCAGAAAAUCAAUCAAUUCUUAAAAUGCCUCCUUGGACAAAUAUCUGGCUUUGUGCAGCUAUAGCUUUGUCUAUGUCUCUUCACUUCCUUAUUCUCUAUGUUGACAUUAUGGCAACAAUUUUCCAAAUAACUCCUCUCAAUUUUGUUGAAUGGAUGGCCGUAUUAAAAUUCUCUAUACCAGUUAUUUUGCUAGAUGAAAUUUUGAAAUUUGUAGCACGGCGAAUGGAAAUGCAUAGCGACUUUGAAGACUAUAAAAAGAAGCAAUGA